AUGGAAUAUACCUUCUUAUUUUAUAAACACAAACACUUGAUACACUUAAAGGAGAAAUUUGAACAUAUAGAAAAAUACAUUACAUACUCUUUAGAUUCCUUUUUUCACAAUGUAAGCCUUGUGAAUGAUAAAGAGAAGGAUACUAUAUUAAACCAUACAAAAUGUGAAUAUAAUAAUUUGACUUACCAACAAAUUAUAGACAUUCUUCAAUAUUCAUCUAUAUGUGUAUCUGUGUGUGAGAAAUAUCAAGAUGGAGAGAAGGUAAAUAUUGUAGGUAUAGUAUCCCUAGAUUAUGAGUUAUGUAUAAAUUAUAAUAAUAAUAAGUAUAAUUUUGAAAGAAUGUGUGAUUGUUCAAAUAUAAAUUUAGAAGAUUUUUAUUAUUCUUUAUCAUUACAUAUAAAAGCAUAUGACAUUUUAUCUAAUUUAACAUUAAAUAAUACAUUAAUAAUAAAUUUAAUAUUAAAUAAUAAUGAAAAAUUUUAUGAUAAUUUAUUUUAUUAUUUAUUUCAUUCAAUUGAAAAUUUAUUAUUUAUAUUAUUAUUUUAUAAUAAUAAUAAUAAUAAUAAUAUAAUAAAUGAAGAUUUAUUUUAUAAUGGAUUAACUAUAGAUUUAACAAAACUAACUCAAUAUGAAAAACAAAAUAAAAUUAUCCCUUUUGAUCAUGUCCUUAUAUUAAAUAAAUCUACAUAUGUUAGUAAAAUAUUUCUACGUUUAACAAGUACUAGUGAUAUAUAUGACUUACAUGAACUUUUUAAAAAGUUUUCUCAAACAAACUUAGAAGAAAAAAAUCAUUAUCUCAUAUAUGAUAUAAUAGAUAAAAAGACAGAUGAAGAUAUAUUAAUAACCAUUUUAAAUAAUAAAAAGAAAAUUAUAGGUUUUGUAUCUCUAAAAAAAUAUAUCGAUAUAAAUAUUCUGGUUAAUCUGUACAAUUUAAAGGAAUAUAACUAUUUGCUGAAAAGAAAUUUCUUUGAAGAUAUAUCGGAUAGUUUGAAACCUUAUAAGAAUGGUAGCAAGAGCUUGAAUAAAAGGAAAAAGAAAUAUUUGUAUAUAGAAUUUAAACAGCACAUUUUAAGGACAAUAAAAAUAAAGACAUUGGAAGAUCUGGAAAAGAAAUAUGAAAUAAGUAAUGAAACUAUUUAUGAUUAUUUAUAUGAUCAUCUGAUAGAAGAUGUGGAUAUAUAUGCUGAUUAUUUUAAAAAGAAAAAUAUUGACAUCAAGGAUAUAGUCAAAAAUAUAUAUAAAAAGUUACAGUAUGAUUAUGCAAAUUACAAAAAAGGUUCCACUGACCAAGUUGAUUUCUUUCUUUUGAACAAGCUUAUAAAUCUGUACUCCCACAUUAGUUUUUCCGACAUAGCCAAUGUUAGUCAAAAGUUCUACAAUAAUUUUGAGAAAAUCGAAAAGCUAUAUUUUAAUUUUAAUAAUGACAAAACUUAUAAAAAAAUUUAUGAGAAAAUAAAAAAAAAGAGGGAGGGAAUAUUAAGUGAUGAUGAAUCUGAAAAUAAUAGUAGCAAGAUAAAUAUAAUAAAAUUGACGAAUGAAAAUGAAAUGAAAAAAAAUGAAAACAAUUUUAAAGAAGUUAUAAACCUGUCUUAUUUUGACAUUUUUCUUCUACUACAAAAUAUAUAUCCUGAGACCUUCAAAAAGAAUGAGAUAAUAUUGUUGUUUUUAUUCCUCGACUUAUACGAAUUAAUUAUUGUGGAAGAAACAACCCUAUUUGAUUGUGUAUCAUUUAAAAUGUUUUUAGACGAAUUAGUACAUAUAAAAAAAAACUACUUUAUAUGUAAAUAUAAACAUAUUGAUUGGCUACGAAAUAUAAGCAAUGAUGAUAAAAAUGCAUUUUCAUUAAAUUUAUUUAUAUUAAACGAUAAGUAUUACAGUUACUGUAAAGACAUUCUGUUAAAAAUCGAAAAAUAUUUUGACGAAGUGGACUACAUUAUUACAACAAAUAAUGAAAGGGGGAACAUGCCCUUUAUAUUAAAUUAUUUCAAUAGAGUUAAAAAAAAAAAAAAAGCAAACACUCUAGAAUCUUUAUAUAUAUUAAAUAAAUACACUCUUUUUUUGCAACCUACAACGGAUUAUAUGAAACUCGAAGAUAUAGAACAUGUUCAAAGGUUGUUAGAAAAGGUAAAACAUAAAGAAAAGAACAAAAUUAAGCAAUAUAUAUUAUUUCUCCAGGACUAUUGUAAGGAUGAAGCACGAAAAGAUAAUCAACAUGAUCGCUUGUUGGUUCAAUCUCCCUUAGAGUUAAAAUUUUAUGAGCUACACAAUUACUACAUUUAUGUUAGUAGAUGUGGAAAUAAUAUUAUCAACAUAACGACAGGAAGUAUUAUGAAUAAUAUGGAUUUUUAUUAUAUAAACAAAAUCUAUGAUUUCAAAAAUAUUCUUAUACCUAAUGAGAACGAGAAAAUGAAGCAUUUCCGUUUGUUCUUUUUUUCGUCAAUAAUUAUUUUCAAAUAUUACGAUAAAAAAAUUAUUCACAAUAUUUUAAUGUUAACCAAUGCCUGUUCUUGCCACAUUUCAACGGAUGAUGAUGUAUACCUAGACAUUUAUCGUCAUUUUAUAUUUUUAAACAAAAAAGAUAAUGAUGUAAGUAUUUUUCGAGAUGAUAAUAUAUUCUUAAGAGAAUCAGAAAAAACGAAAAAGAAUGAGAAGAACAAAAAUAACAGAAAAAAUACAAAACAAUGUGAUAAGAAAUAUUUAGUAUUAACCAAACAUAUGUGUCUGAGAAAAUGCAUUAACAUAGAUCAUAAUAUCGUCUUUUGGGGAACUAAUGAUAUAUGUCUUAAUAUCCUUUAUAAAAUAUUAAGAAAGAAUGAAUAUUUUUUUAAUAAUAUUAUCCUUAUCAUUGCUUAUAAGAAUAAAUAUUUAAAUACCAAAAAUAAUGUAGAAGAAAACAAAUCCGUCAAAAACUGUAGUCUAGAAAGUGCUCUUAUGUAUAACAAAUUAAAAAAUAUCAUGAUAAAUGAAAGAAUUAAAAUCAUAUAUGAUAAUGUUUAUAAUAUUAAUAGGAAAAAUAAACAAAUAGAAUUAAAUAAUAAAAAUUAUAUUUAUUAUGAUUAUUUGUUUAUAUGUUUUGAUAAACAAGAUGUUACCACUUACUCUUUUAAUUUGAAUAGCUUUGAAGAAGGAAAAAAAAGAAACUUUAAUUUUAUAGAAACAUAUGAAAAUAUGAAUUAUAAAAAUAUCAAAUUUGACUUUCUUGUCAAAGAAAAGGAUUAUGAAAAGUAUGAACAUGUCAAUACUUUUUAUUGUCAAAAAAAAAAAAAUUAUUUACUAAAAAAAAAAAAAAAAAAUUCCAAGAAAGAAAAUAAUAUAAGCUCUAGCACAUCAGAUUUAAAUGAAACAAAUUCGAUGGAAAGUUACAAAAGUUGUGAUAAAAGUAAAGUAGGAUUAAGAAAUGUGAAUUGUAAAAAUAGUGCAGGUAAAAAUGUUCCAUUCGUCAAAAAGGAAGAAAAUAGCCUGAACAAGUCAGGCAAAUGUAAAAAGAAACAGCUAAGAGAUGAAACUCACACUUUGUACAAUAUAAAAAACAAAAGAGUAGAAAAAUAUUAUGGGGAUAAGGAAGAAGAUAGUGAUGAUGAAGAUAGUGAUGAUGAAGAUAGUGAUAAUGAAGACAAUGAUGAUGAAGACAAUGAUGAUGAAGAUAAUGAUGAUGAUAAUAAUUAUAAUAAUGAUGAUAAUAAUUAUUAUGAGGAGGAUAACUCUGAAAUGGAUUUUUCAUCUAGAUACACAACAUUAUCAUCAAGCUUCUUACCAUCAAGUGAAGCAAGUGUCAACGAUAGCGCAUACUAUGAUUAUAAAGAUGAUAUAUAUAACAAAAAAAAAGAAAAAAUCGAAGAAUUGAAAAGCGAUGAAAAAGCAUUUAAUACUACUGAAACGAAGUGUUCCCAAAAAAAAAAAAUAAUAACAAGGGGAGAAAAAGAUAAUCCGAAUAUAGAACAGAAUAAAAAUGAAUAUAUAGAUAAAUAUUCAAAUGUAAGAUCUAAUAACAAUUUAAAAGAAUGUUAUAAUAAAAAUUUAAAUAUAAAAGAGGAUUUGAAGGAAAAAAUAAAUGCAAAUGUGAACAAAAAGAGUAGCUAUUUAGAAAAUUCAAAUAAAGAGAAUGUAUCUAAUAGUGAGGAGGAAUAUAUAAAUAUUAAUAACGAGAAUGAUAAACAUGUUAUAAACCAAUAUAAUAAAAAAAAUGAAAUGUUUAAUAAAGAAAAGGUGAAUAGAAAUAUUGAUGGUGUCUUCAGUAUCAGUGAUCCUUUUCUUGAGAAAUACUUUGAUAAGAAUAGUAAAUAUAUGAAUAUUGUCAAGAAUUGUGUAAAUUAUAUAAUAAUAUACAGUAAUAAUAUAGAUAUAUUAAAUAUGAUAAAUUUCUUUUUAAUAAAUAACGUACAUACAUAUAAAAUAAUUAUAAUCUAUCCAUAUACAUGUAAUAAAUGUCAUGGAAGAAAACAAAAAGAAAAAAUUAAACAAAAUAUAUUUAAUGAACGAGUAUAUUACAACGAUAAAAUUCAUUUAAAAAAUAAUUAUUUAUUUUGUGAUUAUACACAUAAAAACAAUUUUUAUCAUAAAAAUUAUGUUUUUGAAAAUAUUAAAUAUGUUUUGAAUAAAAUAUUCUUUCUUUUUCAUCUUUUGAAAAUACGUAUAAUUUAUGGACAUAUAAUAGCAGUUAAAAAGAGUAAAAAGAACAGGUUGAAAUAUGUUCUUGUUCAUUUAUGUAAACAUAGAAAUUUAGAUUUCUCUUAUUUUAAUACACAUAAAUUCAUUUGUGAAAAUACACUAUUAAUACCAUGUAGAAUUCUCUUAUGUUCAUACAUUUUCGAUAUAAAUAAUCAUUUGCAUUAUAUUUUGAACAAGUCCUCCAUUGUGUACAAUGAAAAAAUAUGUGUUAAUCAUCAAUUUCAGACAAAUGAUAAAUUCAUUUUUAGCGCAGGUGAGUUGUGUGCUUUUUCGAAUAAAUAUAGAAUAAGCACUCACAACAUUUUAAAUCACGAAUAUUAUAGUAGUAUGGAAAUAGGUAAGUUUGUGAGCAGACAGUUUUUAAAGAUAGUAAUUGAACAAUGUUGUUUAUCUUAUAAUAUGUUUAAGUCAAAAAAUGAAGAAAUGAGAAGUAAAAUAAAAAAGCAAAAAGAGUAUAAUGAUAAUAUUGAUAAAAUCAUGGAAAAGGAUAUGGAAGAAACAAAUAAUAUAACAGGAAAUGUCCAAAGUAAAAAGACAGAUAAUAAUUUAGACUUGUAUAAAAAGUUAAAAAUUUUUGAAAUACCUAUAAUAUAUUUCAAUACUCUUCCUUGUAAUUUUUAUUUUUAUCAUUUUGAAGCAUCAUGUGGUGAUUUAUAUAAAUACAACGAUUUCUCCAUAAUACAAAAUGAAAAAAUAAAAGGAAUGCAUGAGAAAAAAAAAUAUUCAAAUAAAACAAACGACAAAAUUUAUAAUAAUAAAAAAAAUGAUAUGAUAGAUAACUCUAAACAAAUAUAUCAUGAAGCCUUUUGUACAGAUAGCUUAAAAAUAAGUAUAAAUAAAGAAAAAAAAAUGAACAAUUAUUUUAAUGUUCAAUAUUUUGAAAUUUCAAAAAAUAUAUAUACUCAAGGAUAUUACUGUAAAGUUACAACGAAUUCGUUUAAUUUGAUAAAUUCCUUCACAUAUUUGGGAUGCGAUGUAUUGAACUUUCACAAGUUACACAAACUUUGUAAUAUGCCAAUCAAUUAUUUUUAUGUAAUUUUAAAAAAUAUCAAAAAUAAUCCUCAAUAUGACAUUUUAAGUAUGUUAAAUGAAGACAGGGAAAAAUCUAUCUUCCACUAUAAGUUUCAAAUUUUCAAAGAGAAACUCAAAAAAAAAAUCAUUACGUUACCCCACAUAAAGGAAUCUAUACAAUUUUUACUAAAGGAUAUAAACGAUGGGGAUUCGUUUAAAACAUAUAUAAAAGACCAAUUGUUCAAAGAAAAACUGAUGUUUAUCGAUACAAUUAAAAAAGAGGUUGAAUCGAAUUUAGUGGAAUAUAUUAAAGAAAAUAAUGAACUCCUAAAUGGGUAUUACAUACCCAAUUAA